AUGCAAGAACCCGCGGAACCACUUCCAUUUCAAAAGCCUAUAGGAAGCUCUUCCAACUCUAAAGAAAGCACGGGAUUUUCAAGUGCAAUAGACUCUCGUUUUAUAGAGAAAGAUACUUUAAAUGACUCUGCACGCUCAGGUGCCGUCGAGGCGGAGAAAGUAGAGUCGACCGAGUCGACAGCUGGUACUGCCGGUGACAAUUCAGGAGACAAAAUGUGUCGAAUAUGUUUCUCUGGUCCUGAAGAAGUAGAGCUUGGAAAGUUGAUAUCUCCUUGCUUGUGUAAAGGAACUAUCCGUUAUGUUCACAUAGAAUGUUUGAACGCUUGGCGAGUACGAAGUCAGAAGAAGAGCAGCUUUUUUCAAUGUGACGAAUGUAAAUACAAAUAUGCAUUUCGACGAACUACAAUUGCAAAACUGGCAACGAAUCAAGCUGUAUUGUUUCUUGUGACAAUUAUUCUCUUUAGUCUUUGUGUUAUCUUGGGUGGAAUGUGUGCCAAAUUCUGCCUAUAUAUGAUGGAUUCAGAGAUCGGAUCAGAGUUUUUUGGCGAGGAAGAAAUGACAUUAUCAUCAAUAUUCAGAAUUGACAGUCGGAAUUUUCGGCUGGGACUUUCUUUUGUCGGAAUAAUCGGUUUAUUUCAACUUAUUUUAUGGAUUGGUCCGUUCCCGUCGUUUGGUAUGCGCGGUGGUGGUAUAGGCGGUGGGCUUGGCGGCGGCGGCGGGAGUCGUGGAGAUGGCAAUGUGGCUGCUAUUGUAUUCCUAAUAUUUAUAAUAGUUGGGAUCAUCAAGUCUAUGUGGGAGACGUAUAAGUUGGUGAGAGCAAUAAGUAGAAUUGUACUGGAGAGGCUGGAAAUGCGGAUUUUGGAAGUGAAUGAGAGUUGA